UAACCUAUUUUCAAAGAAAAUCUUUAUACACAAUAAUAGCCGAUAUGUUGAACCGAAUUCGAAAUGGAAGCCAAAGAAUUAUCAGGAAUCAGUAUUCAUUGAAGCCGCUAGUUGAGCUUGUGAAUGCCGAUGCAUCACAGCCAUUCUCAUCGCUGUCAAAUACAAAACAACCGGUGAAUCAAUCCAGAUUACCAUGUAGUCAAUGGCAAAAGCAUUCACAAGGUCUACCGAGUUGUAGCUUUUAUUCAACAGAUAACGAGCGGCAAUCAGAAAACGAAAAUGUUAAGCGAGCCUUACCAAAACUAUCGGACGAACCAAUUAUAGCGACUCCAGGACUUUUUUCAUUUUUUAGUGUUACAUUUAAUGCGAUCAAGGUCCGUAAUCAGUUGGAUGGCGAGUUUUCUUUAGACGAUUUCAUAGAUGGUAGCAAAAGAGCCGUUGCAGUUAUAUCCGAUAAAAUGGCAUCGGCCGAUUUUGAUGGAUUGCGUGGUUUGGUGACAGACAAAGUGAUUGACGAUCUACAAAACCCUAUUGUGGCGAUGACCGAAGAACAACGUUCACACCUUCGUGUCUUGGAAGAUGAUAUUGUGGCGCAAUUUGUGUCUUCAAUAGAUAUUCGAGAAGAUGAGGAUAGAAAAUUCGUUGAUAUUUUUACGAUUUUGCAAGUGGUUCUUGGUUAUAAACAAUUAACUGCGAGCGAAGAAAAAAAAUCUCCGCUCGAUUUUCUGAAACAAACCAGCAUGUUUGUUGACAACAAUCUUUAUGUGCUGAAUUAUAAAUUCACCAGGGAAUAUUCAGAAAAUUCAAGUGGAGAUUGGAUAGUGUCUUUCAUAAAUCAUGCAAACAUUGAAGAUCAAAUGAAUGAUCAGAUGAACUUUUUUAAAAAGUCAUUUGAAGACAAAGGGAAAAAAUAAAAAUAUAUUUCACUAACAAACAAAUAAAACGAAUGUACUGUAAUAUAAAAUAAUCCAAUAAUCCAAUAUAAAAUAUAUGAAAACACAUAAAAAAUACAAGAGGUGCAUUUAUCGACACGCAAAAAUCAUUAAAUAACAUCUUGUUGACAAAUUCGAAUUCCGAAUUUAAUGAAUUUGAAAUAUUGCGUUGAAAAAUUGGUCUAGUUAAAUGAAACAAUUUGACCCUCCUCUUUUGAUAAGAACUCCAAGGACAUGCGAUAAGUUUCCAGUUUUUUUGGCCAGAACGUGUGGUUUUUCGUUUAACAACUACUUUUUUUGUAGUAAUCACAGUUCGUUUGUCUGAAAAAUUAUAUUCAAAGCAUUGUUCCACUGGCCAUUGACUCACCUGUAUAUAUAAAAGUAUAAAUUUAAAAUAGAUUUCGAUCAUCAGAGUACGUCAGAUUCGUUCAACUCAAAAAAAUUCAGCAAAAGAGAAAGAACAACAAUAAUGCACGGCCUUUGUUGAUUUGAACA